AAAUUAUGUCAAGAAAAAACCCAACCAAUGGGAUAGGAUGACAGGGGCAUGAAAGGGAAACGAGAAGAGACAUUGCGCAUACAAAUGUUUUGUGUAAAGCAAUAAUUGUGGUGGUGAUUUCAGUUGAUACAGUACUUGAGGACUCCAUAUAAAGGCCUCACUAUGGGUGAACCACAGCAGGUGAGUGCCCUGCCUCCCCCUCCUAUGCAGUACAUCAAGGAGUACACUGACGAGAACAUCCGCAAGGGGCUCAUCCCCAAACCCCCUCCUCCCAUCCGAGACACCUACAUGAUGUUCGGCAACCAGUUCCAGUGUGACGACCUGAUCAUCCGACCGCUGGAGAGCCAGGGCAUCGAGCGGCUCCACCCCAUGCAGUUCCACCACAAACGGGAGCUCAAGAAGCUCAACAUGUCCAUCCUGGUGAAUUUCCUGGAUCUCCUGGACAUCCUGAUCAAGAGCCCUGGCAGUAUAAAGAGAGAGGAGAAGCUGGAGGACCUGAAACUGCUGUUUGUCCACAUGCACCAUCUGAUCAAUGAGUACCGUCCGCACCAGGCCAGAGAGACCCUGAGGGUGAUGAUGGAAGUGCAGAAGAGACAGCGACUGGAGACUGCAGAGAGGUUCCAGAAACAUCUGGAGAGGGUGGUGGAGAUGAUCCAGGGGUGCCUGGCCUCCCUGCCCCAUGACCUGCCCCAGACUGAGGGCUUGAGUGGGGCAGGGGAUGUGGCGAGGGGUGUUGGGAUUGGUGGGGGGUUGGAUGCCAGGCUAAAGACUGAGCCCAUGGACGUGGAGGAGGCUGGGACUAGCUGUAUGGCUGUUGGGCCACAACAGGACAAAAGCAUGGGUGGUGCUGCUAAGAAAGACAGAGUAUUGGACAAGGAUGCUGCCAUGUGUAGUAUUAUCGACGAGAUCGCCUGAGUUGUGUGUUUAGAGCUAGGGGUCUCUACAGCAGGGUGCAACGGUGAAGAACGUUCAGAUAGAAAAUUGUUCUGUAGAGCAAUGGUUGUCUGUAGAAUAGUGAAUCGACCACUCUGUUCAUUAUAUUUCUAUAUGCAACGUUCAGAAUCAGAAUGGUUCACCUUGCUGAAUAUAGGUUUUUCCUGGUCAUUA